AUGAAGAUGAUGACCAUUAUGAACAUGUUAAAGAAAACGAUUGAAGAAAAUGACAAAUAUUUUGAUAAAAAAUUUAUCAAUGAAUUUUUUAAAUUUAUAAAAACGGAUCAAGAAAUGGAAAUGAAUGAAAAUGAUAUAGAAGCAAAUAGACAAGAUAAGGAUGGUAGAAAUUACUCGCUAAUUGAAGAUUUUGAAAUAGAAGAUUUAAAUGAAUUAUAUAAAAAAAAAAGUUUAGCACUUCAUAAUGAUAAUGAUACAGUAUUUGCUUGA